AUGGGAAAAAAUUCACGCUUGGAAACAUGGUUACAUUAUAGAGUUAGGGUUACUGUUAGUGAUACUAGAUAUUUUGUUGGUACUUUUCUGUCAUAUGAUAGGCACAUGAAUAUAGUUUUAGUUGAUGCUGAAGAGUUUAGAAAAAUAAAAGAUCAAGAAACUGGUUUUAAAGAAAUAAAGAGAGUAGUUGGUUUAAUUUUAAUAAGAGGAGAAAAUAUUGUUUCAUUUACAGCUGAACAAGGACCUAUUAAUAAAAAAUCUAUAAACACUGUAAUAAAUAAAGGAAUAGCUACAGGAAGAGGUGUACCAUUAAAUAACUAUGUUCCUAUGCAAAAUAAUUUUAAUGCUAACUUAACAAACCCUAUUAGUAAUAUGCCAACAGGUAUUACAUUAAAUGCUAGUACAACAAAAAAUUUAACACCACCUGUCAAUCCAAAUUUCAGGACUCCAAAUGCUCCAGUAAAUAAUUCAAGACCUAUGAUUCCUUUAAAUAUUCCUAUGAAUCAACCAAUGCCAAAUCCUAAUAAUAUGCAACAAAGAUUACCUCAUCAAGUACCACCUCAGUUACCAUUUCCUCCUAACAUUAAACCUCCAACUGAAUAA